UCUGUUGAAAGAACACCUCAACAACAAGGUGAAACUGUGCACGUGUCCUCUGUGGGCAAGGGAAUCACUAGUGGCGAAAAUCUGGCGAGGCACAAGGUCAGUCGAAUCACGGAAAAACCGUGGAAAUGUGGGGAUUGCGGGAAGGGGUUCAAUUACCCGUCGCAGCUGGAAACGCAUCGGCGCAGCCACACGGGGGAGAGGCCCUUCAUCUGCUCCGUGUGCGGGAAGGGAUUCACUCAGCUGUGUAUGCUUCAGAGGCACCAGCGCGUUCACACCGGCGAGAGGCCGUUCACCUGCAUUGCCUGCGAGAAAGGGUUCACUCAGCUGUCCAACCUCCUGACUCACCACCGCAUCCACACCGGAGAGAGGCCCUUCACCUGCACCGAAUGUGGCAAGGGCUUUGCCAAACUGACCAACCUGCUGACGCACCAUCGCAUCCACACCCAGGAGCGGCCGUUUAAGUGCAGCGACUGCGAGAAGAAGUUCAAGAGCAAGAACAACCUGCGGAUCCACCAGCGCACUCACACCGGGGAGAAGCCCUUCACCUGCUCGGUCUGCGGGAAGGGCUUCGCUCAGUCAUCCACACUCAUGAAGCACCAGCGCGUCCACACGGGGGAGAGGCCGUUCACCUGCUCUGUGUGCGAGAAAGGAUUCUCGCAGUCCUCCACCCUGCUGAAACACCAGCGAAUUCACAAGUGAGCGUCGGGGCGCUGGUGUAUCUCGUCCAGAAAGACUUUGUGGUACGUCUCCCACAUCUUCCCUUCCGAAACUUCCACUGCGUAUAAUUUG